UCCAGACUCCUGGGGCUUUGGCUGGGAGUCAUUUUUCUAGCUGGGUUCUUCCAUAUGAACGGAAAUGUCAUCUUUUCAUAUAGAGUGUGGGGGUUUUCCACCAAGCACCUGAGACCCAGUCACCCCCAGAUGAACGUGAUGUUUCUCAAGACCCACAAAACUGCCAGCAGCACCAUCAUGAAUAUCCUAUUCUGGUUUGCAGAGAGGCAUAAUCUGAUCCUAGCCCUUUUGGCUGGCCAGAACUACCACCUGGGCUAUCCUCAUCGCUUCAUGGCCCAGUUUGUAGAGGGAUUUAAAACCAUCGGACAAAGUUACAACAUCAUGUGUAACCACAUGAGAUUUAACCUCCAAGAGGUCCAAAAAGUAAUGCCAACCACCACCACCUACUUUUCCAUCCUGAGAAACCCAGUUUCACUAAUGGAGUCCUCCUAUGCCUAUAAUAAAUUUUUUACACCAGCAUUUAGAAGGUCAGAGGAUGUGAAUGAGUUUCUGGCAUCUCCAUGGACAUAUUACAAUAUGAGUGAAUACACAAAUAACAUUCAUGCGAGGAACUACAUGUGGUUUGACUUUGGCUAUGACAACAACGCAAUGGACACUGAGGACUAUGUUCAGAGUGUCAUAGUGGAGAUCGAACAGGGUUUUCAGCUGAUACUGCUAACUGAUUACUUUGAUGAGUCCAUGGUCCUGCUGAAGGACACUUUGGGCUGGGAGCUGGAUGAUGUGGUUUACUUCAAGCUGAAUUCCCGAAGCCAGGACACUAUCGAGAGCAUGACCCCUGAGAGCAAGGAAAAGGUAAAAGAAUGGUGCUCAUUGGACUGGAAGCUCUACCAACACUUCAACAGGACCUCCUGGAGGAGAAUUCAGGAGACAAUAGGGCUAGAAAAAUUGAAUCAGGAGAUGAAUCUCCUGAGAAUGAGACAAAAGGAACUUAUGGAGCUGUGUCUCUUGGAUCCAGUGCCGAUAGAUAAGAUCAAGAUCAAAGACAAAAAACUUCAGCCCUUCCAGUCAGGGUAUGCAAAUAUUCUGGGCUAUAAUCUUAAAGAAGACAUGGCUAAUGAGACUCUGAGAACCUUCCUGAGACUGAUCAUACCUGAGCUUCAGUAUAUGUUAUAUCUGUAUGCUCAUCAGUUUCCAGAGAAGAGGAGGAAGAGCACAACUUUUCCCUUGUGGCAGAGGUGACAGUGUUGGUGGAUCGUUAAUAUCACCCACAGAGCAAUAAUGCUUAUAACAUUGCUAUCACCUUGUUCAUGUACCUCCUAGAGAUGUGUUUACAUUUUUGUGGCCCAGUGGAGUUAACCCAUGAAAUUUCCUUACAGAGAUUUCAGAUCCGUGAGUGGUGAGACAAAAGGGGUGUGGCAGGAACAGAGGACUCCCCAGCUGACUCCAUUUGGUAUAUGGUUCCCUGGACAUCUUUGCUUGCUCCAGCUUAAACCAGGGGCUGGGCUGGGGUGAAGUUGGCUAAAGAACCAGGAAUCUGUGACUGGUUCCCUAACCACCUAGUGUCUCUGCUGCACAAAGCAGAUACCGGCCUUUCCUCUGUGGGUGAAAUACUAGUUAAACUCACAGUAUCAGAUUUAGUACAAAUGCCUGCA